AUGUGGAAGCUGCGUUAUUUCCUGGCCCAAAAUUUUGACGAGUUUGAAUUUGUGGCUGGCACGAAACAAGCAGCCAAAGCCAUGAUCGAUGCAGUGCGCUCUUUGGAUUGGAGUCAAAUAAACAAAUUCUGUACACCCCAGUCCUCGGGUGAUAUAUACGCUCUGGCCCAAGAAUAUCGUAAACAACUCUACCCCGCUAUUGUACGAUUCGAUGUCGACCAUUUUCGCACAGCCAUGCCCACUUCGGUGAGGACACGUUAUAUUUCCGAUCGCUGGUAUCUCUGUGUCGACAUGGCGUUCCUGGGUCUACGCAAUGUGCGCGACUUCGAUACGCAGAGCGAGCAGCAGGAAAUGUUAAAGCUUACGGAUCAGGUCUUGGAGAAAUCAAAGCUGCAGUCCCAUCUGACGCCCGGACAUCAGCGCAUUGUGCUUGGCGAACUUCUGCUCACCUUUCACCGUGAACUGAUUGGCAGCGAAGCAAAUGGGUCGAAACUUGAUUAUGAGGCUGUAGCUGAGCCUGAGGCUAUGUCUGAGCCCACCGAUGGCUGGCUCAUCGACAACUACAAAAUGCACAAAAUUAGAUUGGUCAACUACAGUCCCGUAACCAUGCAAUAUCGCAUUAUAGAGUUCAGAAGCUAG